UAUGUGGCCCAGUUGAAAAGAUUUCGCAACCCCCGGACGGGACGGGCGCCAGAAAUUUCCACAUUAAAUCAUUACUACAAAAGGCAAGGCACAAAGCUCUUGUGAGAAGAGGAGCUGUCUGGAGGCUUGGUGGACAGGGAAUGGCUCAGCAGUUCAGAGGGACCAGUGCUAAAGUUAUCAUCAUCGGAGCUGGAAUAUCAGGCAUCGCAGCAGCGAAAACGCUACAGGACAAUGGGGUGCAAGACUUCAUCAUCCUGGAGGGAUCAGACAGGAUUGGUGGGCGUAUGCGUCUUGUCGACUUCGGGGGAGUGAAGAUUGAAGCGGGCGCUAACUGGGUCCACGGGAUACGUGGAAAUCCCGUCUGGGAGCUGGCUCGGGGACUGGACCUGAAGGGGAAAGUGCAGGAUGUCGCCAAGAUGGUGGUCCGGGACAACAACGGUGCAGACGUGACAGAGCACGCCGUCAGUAGGUUCGCCGACCUGCAGCGAGCGCGGAAGCACGCCCACGACAUCCUGGAGAGGAAGAUCAACGAGGACGGCAACGACACCUCCAUCCGCGUGGCGCUGCGUCUGGCUGGCUGGAAGGCCAUCGCACCCGUCGACAAGGUAGUCGAGUACUUCUCCUUCGACUUCCAGAACGGCGCCACACCAGACGUCACCUCCCUCCUCCAGAACGAAGAGGAAGAAACCCUCGUGGAUUUCGACGACAAGGAAUACUUCGUCACCGACCAGCGUGGCUUUGGCUUUAUCGUCGAAGAGAUGGCGAGAACUUUCCUCUGCAAGCAGGACCCCCGACUACAGUUUAACAAACGCGUGGAUGAGAUUAAGUGGAGCAAUCAGGGCGUGGUGGUGAGGACUAGCGAUGGGUCAGAGUACUCAGCGGAGUAUGCCCUGACCACGUUCAGUCUGGGGGUGCUGCAGAGUGACCACAUCUCCUUCACCCCAGAACUUCCCGACUGGAAGCUGGAGGAGAUCUACCAGGUGGAGAUGUGCCACUACACUAAGAUCUUCCUCAAGUUUCCCUUCAAGUUCUGGGACGGGAAGGAGUAUAUCUUCCAUGCGCACCCCAAGAGGGGGUACUACCCCGUCAUGCAGGAUAUGGAAGCCGAGGGCUGCCACCCACCUGGGACCAACAUCCUCGCCGUGACUGUUACGGGAGAGGAGUCCAAGAGAGUGGAGGGACUACCCAACAGCACUGUGGCAUCGGAAAUCAUGGAGAUCCUGAGGAACCUGUACGGAGAAGACGUCCCCACUCCGGUGGACAUAUUCGUCAGCAGGUGGUCCCAGGACCCCUUGUAUCUCGGUGCCUUCACGCGCAUUCCUACCGGUGCCUUUCGAGACGGCACCGAUAAAUACAAGGCCCCAGUAGGAAGGCUGUAUUUUGGUGGGGAAGCAUUUCAUGAGAGGUACAUGGGGUUUGUGCAUGGUGGGCUCCUAUCAGGUGUGGAUAAGGCAAAAGACAUCCUUAAUGCAAUCAGGGAUGGGUGUCCUAGUCCUGUAGAUAACCAGGAUAUGGGCAAGCCAAUACGUACAUCCGAGAAGAUCAGCGAUAACGGGCCUUGGGAUGAUAUACUUGAUGACGUGAAGGAAACUUGCUGUCAAAAUUCUACCACAGGGUUGGGUUCCUGGUCCCUUUCUGAGUCUAAAGGCCUGCUGGAACUACAUCCACUCUGAUUGGCAAGGGUAGUCAUUCCUGUAAUCAGCAGGUAAAAUUAGGGCUUUGUACCUAAUACCUAUAAAAUUUAUUCAGGUACGGGUACUAACCUGGUGUACCUGUACAAAAUAGUGGAAACCAUUUUUUAUAUUCUGGAUAGGUGAACUGCAUCUCUGAAAAAUGACAAUUUUGGACUUGAACAUCAGGAAAACUUGAAAAUUCUCAUUUUUAGAUUAAGAUAUGUAAACCCUCAGACAAUGACAAGUUGACAACAACAUACCAAUAAAACUGAUGUUGGCUGCUCGUAUAAUUUACAUUGGCCAAAUACAGGCAAAGAUUCGGGCCUGUACCUACUAGUAAUUUGUUUUGGAUAAAAAGCUCUGGUAGAAUGUUUGCAUGUGCAAAGUGAUGUUUCUGCUGAGUAAUCAGCAGACCAGGUAACAUGGGAGGAGAAUCACCCUUCCCAAACUCUGAAUUCAAAAUAAUCAUGUCACUCGCUGUGGAAAAUGAUUUUGAUAUAUUUUGAUGGUAGUGAAUUUCUCAUCCAAAGUGCAUGUCUCAAUCUUUAGUAUCUCAGUGCAGUCAUACAAAGUUUACAAGAAACAUAUCAAAAUAGCAGUUGAACUAGAGCAAUAUUUUGUCUUCUCGAGCUCUAAUGUUGAUGUCUAAGGUUUAUUUUAGCUAAGCUGUCAAGUAACAAAAAGAGAGUAAUCUGAAUGAAUUGUGUCAGUCUGGUAGACAGUCUGGUAGACCUAACGGUCUCCAAACUGACUGUGAUCCAAAUAUCAAAAUGAAUAAAGUGUGACUACAUAGGUGCAUGUUGAAUUCUCAGGGACCAUGUACAUGUGUGUAGCGUGCAUGUUCUUCCAGUCUCCCGAGUCCAGUAUAAUGUCAGUAUCAGUGGUUGUACCAGCCUAAUAUUUAUGUGAGGUUUGUUAGACUUGUGUGUGGAAUAGUGUUUCAGGUUUUGACUAAGAUAUGUUGCCAGAAUCACUUGUCUUCUCCAGAGAUACUUUAUACAUUGUAUAACGUGUGAACUUUCUCAUUAGGAACACACCAGUGUUGGGUUAGGUUUUGUCUGAAAAUGUUUGUAGCGUUUGCAUGUCAGUCUUGGUAGUUUGUGUUUUACCUGUUGUUGAAGGGUGCUGUAGAAAUAAGGAUUUUGCAUUUGGGACCACCUCAUGUGUUUCUAGUCAUGUAUCUUAAAAUUUAUCUUCCUUAUAUCAAGAAUGCCAUGGCGUGUCAAAUUUGUAUCUGGUAUAAUUUAUGUGCGUAAAGUUAAUGCCAGUAUUAUGACAUAUGCUGACAUAUUGGACAUUGAGUGGACAAACCAUGAUUUGCAUGGUUGUAAGUUGUAUCUCAUAAAAGUUUCAGAAUCUUGUUUCACGUGUUCAUUAUUCAUAAAUGUUAUCUUAUUUGCUAUACUCUGGUAGUGAGAUUUCUUACCUAUGAAGUGUUGGAAUUUGAUACUAAAAGUUGGAAAGUAGUCAUAAUCCACACAUUUCCAACCACGUUAUAUAGUGUCAGCAGGAUGAAUUGUAUGAUCAUGUAUGGUAAAAGGAGCAAUCACACUAACAAAUGUUUGUUUACUUCUAAAGCAAGUCUUCUCAAACUGUUGCUUUAAAGUCAGACAUAGACAAAAUUUAUCAUAUGUUUUAUAUUAUUAUUAUAUAUUAUUAUUAUACAGUUAACAUUUUUAGCAUUAUAUCUUGUUUUCACCACAAUUGUUCACUUUCAGAGGACCAAUUACAAUGUAGUACUAUCAUUUUUGGUCAUGCAGAUCACAAGAAAGUCAAGCCACACCUACUUAUGUAGUUGCACCAUUUGAACAUGCCAAAAUACUUAAUAAACAGAGGUGUGUUAUAUUA